UUAACAAUGUCACUGUUCAACAACAACAAUUAAAAACCAAAACCUUGAUGAAUUCAAUGCGAUUCGGUUUCUUAGAGCUCAAUUCAUGGAGAAGAAAUUGCUAUAAUUCCCAUCGGGAACGUUUCAUGACAACAAGUAAACGUGUUCAAGACAGAAGCAAGAAGAAAAGGGUUCACCAACUCGAAGAAGCAACAGAGAAAUGGAAAAUAACAUCCAAAAUCGUUUUCUUAAUGGAACUUCUCAAACAAGAACAAGAAAUGGUUAUUCCUGUUCGAUCCCUUUCACAUUAUAGAAAACAAAUCAACCUUCCAAAACCUCAUAGAAUCUCCGAUUUUCUUCGCAAAACCCCAAAACUUUUUGAACUGUAUAAGGAUCAUAAAGGUGUGUUAUGGUGUGGUUUGACACAAAAAGCUGAAGUUUUGAUGGAAGAACACAAAAGGGUCAUCGAGGAAAAUGAGGAUAAAGCUGCUGAAUAUGUUACUAGGUUUCUUAUGAUGUCGGUUGAUAAACGUCUUCCAUUGGAGAAAAUUGCUCAUUUUAGAAGAGAUUUUGGGUUGCCAAUGGAUUUUAGAACUCAUUGGGUGCAUCAAUAUCCUCAGCAUUUUCGUGUUGUGAAGCCUUCUCUUGAUGAUGUUGAGUUUUUGGAGCUUGUUUCAUGGAACCCUGAUUGGGCUAUCACUGAGCUGGAGAAGAAGAAUAUGAAGAUGCUGGAAGUGGAAGGGGUAACCAGAACUGAAACGGAAGCUGAAUCUUCACACACACCGGGUUUGCUUUCUCUACCGUUUAAUUUGAAAUUUCCUGCAAAUUUUAAAAGGGUGCAUAGUUAUUAUGGUGCAAAGAUAAAACUGUUUCAGGAGAGAUCUUAUUUGUCACCUUAUGCUGAUGCAAAGGGUUUAAAAGCUGGUUCUUUAGAAUUUGAUAAAAGGGCUGUUGCUGUUAUGCAUGAAUUGCUUAGUUUUACAGUUGAGAAGAGGUUGGUAACUGAUCACCUCACACAUUUUCGUUCGGAGUUAGUUAUGCCUCAGAAGUUGAUGAGGCUUUUGCUUAAGCAUUGUGGUAUCUUUUAUGUUUCCGAGAGGGGGAAGAGGUUUAGUGUGUUUUUAACCGAAGCAUAUGACGGCUCCGAGCUUAUUGAGAAAUCUCCUUUGUUUUUAUGGAGGGAGAAGCUUCUUAGUCUUGUUGGUUACAGAGGAAGGAAGAAGAAGUUUGAGGUCGAUAGUGAGAGUGAUGCGGAAGGUGGUGAUGGUUUGCGUUUGCUUCAAAGUGAUUCUGAUGUGGAGGAUUUGGAUGUGGAGCUUGAGCAAAAGGGUACCUUGGAGUACAAGGAUCCUUUACUCGAGAACGAUUCUGAGAUGGAUGUUGCAGAGAUUUCGUGAGUGUGCUAACAGUUUAUAACUUAUCAAGGUGGAGGUUUGUUAUUUCAAUUCAAACUUCAGUGUUCUCAAGAAUUUUUAUACCUCAGUGUAAGUCAAUUUUGUAUUGCUUUGUAUCUUUAAACAAACAUGAUCUCUUUUAUGCAAGAAAAGAUGUAUACCAAAUAAAGAUUGUACUUGUAAUUG